GCAGCCGAAGGCCCCCAAGCCCGACAGCCUCCUCUUGAAAAACCAGUGAGAAAGCUUGGUUUUUCCCUUCUUUUCUUGUCCAAGAACAAGAUUUAGGAGCUUAGAAACCCUCCCUAAAGCAAGGAAUUCCAGAUCUGCUCGGUUUCUCCCCCUCCCCUGUCCGUGAGCUACAGCUGGUGAUGCGAAAUUCUGGGCUUUUUUCGGUAAGAACAGCCAUGAUUUCAUCCUUUUAGCUUUGAUUUAAGUUGGAUUACUCUAAGUUCCUCUUGUUCCUUCAAUUUUGGAUGGUUCCCGUGAGUCCCCUGCAGCUUGCCGCCGGCUUCUUCUCCCCCUCCAGGUCCGGUUCUGCUGGCUGGAAAAUUUUGGUUCCUGAUCGUUCUCUUAGUUUAGCACCGAGAUUGAGUCUUUGGUUUUAUGCGAGUGAGGAAACGAAACCGAGGACGAGGAAACCACGGGAAGUGACGAGUUAGAAGGCUAGCCAUUUCGAGAUUGAUAUAGGUUUUAGAAAUAAAUCAUACUUUUGUAAGAUAGAUUUUACCUUGAAUUUAUCAGAUCAAAAUAGAUUUCGGUCAUUAGAUCAAUUACUUGGAUUCAAGUCAUUUUGGAUAUAGAAAUAAAUUGAGAUGCUUGAU